GCUCCAGCGACAGCCACCCUCCCGUGAAGAUCGCCCGCGACCCCAUGAGCACCCCGUCCCCGCCGCCGCCAUGACCCGCCGAAUAGUCCGGACGGGCGUCCAGCUCGUAGUGCUGCUCACGGCCGCCUUCUUCGUCGUCUUCUUCGUCGACAACCGCUACCGCGUCCUGCCCCAGGCCGUCCACAGCCACCUCCCGCUGCACCACGAGGGCCUCGUCAUCACCGACAUCACCGUCCAGACGUGCUCGACGCUCAACCCCCUCUCCAAAUGCAUGCUGGACCAGAAGAAAUGGCACCGCGUCGAGAAGGACCUGUACCUGGGCGCGGGCUGGGUGUCCAAGGCCUACGUGCACAUCAAGCGCAAGCGGGAGGAGGAGCUGACCAGCGAGGACAAGGUCAUCGUCGACGUCCGCACCGGGAAACUCGACCCGGCCGUCGGCGAAAAGGCCCAGGCGUCUGAGAAGUGGGAGUCUCGCCCCGCCGGCGUGUGGAUCAAACGCUCGCUGAAGCGCCACGCAAGCAACUCGAAGAGGGCCGUGACUGCCGUCGACAUUCUGUUUGGCUCAGACGCAGUCGAGCCGCGUCCUGGGUGGGAGUUGGUUAAGAACGGCGCCCUGCAUCUGGACACAGCACGGGACAGCAAGGAUCCACGUCUCAGCAUCCGAAGGGGUGCACCGCAGAAGACCGAGAAACCUGUGCCCAAGAUCAGGAAGGACGGCAAGUUCAAGAUUAUGCAGAUAUCCGAUCUGCAUCUCAGCACAGGACUGGGUGCUUGCAGAGAUCCAGAGCCCAAGGGUGCCAACGGAGGCCAUUGUGACGCGGAUCCCAGGACGUUGGAGUUUGUCGAGAGACUGCUCGACGAAGAGAAGCCUGAUAUGGUGGUGCUGUCUGGCGAUCAGGUCAACGGCGACACUGCGCCUGACGUCCAAAGUGCCAUGUUCAAGAUCAUCGAGCCCCUUGCAGAGCGCAAAAUCCCUUACGCCGCCAUCUUCGGCAACCACGACGACGAAGGCUCUCUCGCCCUCUCCCGCCACGCCCAAAUGUCACUCUACGAGUCGCUCCCCUACUCUCUCUCAGAAGCAGGCCCAAACACAAUCGACGGCGUCGGCAACUACUAUGUCGAGAUUCAAGCCCACAGCAGCAAGCACUCAGCGCUGACUCUCUACUUCCUCGACACGCACUCGUACUCGCCCGAUGAAACGCACUACCGGGGCUACGAUUGGAUCAAGCCCAACCAAAUCAAUUGGUUCCAAACGACGGCUGAUGGCUUGAAAGAUGCGCAUAGUCAUUACACACACCAACAUCUUAACAUGGCCUUCAUCCACAUCCCACUCCCAGAAUACGCGAACAGGGACAACGAAUGGGUGGGCAACUGGACGGAGGGUGUCACAGCGCCUGGUUUCAACACGCACUUCAAAGACGCGUUAGUGCAGCAAGGCGUCAAAGCAGUGUCUUGCGGCCACGACCACGUAAACGACUACUGCAUGCUAUCCACGAAAGACGAGACCACAGAGCCUGAGCUAUGGAUGUGCUAUGCUGGCGGCAGUGGUUUCGGCGGAUACGGCGGUUACAACCACUACCACCGUCGCCUGCGCGUCUUCGAAAUCGACACCAACCAGGCGCGCAUCUCGACUUGGAAGAGGCUAGAACAUGGAGACACAGCCGCACGACUCGAUGAACAGAUCAUCGUCGACUCGGGCCAAGUGAAGGGCAUCGAAAUUUCAUGAACAUUGGGGAUAUUCAUAGUGCUAUAUAUCUUUCCCGCAACAAUCGUUCGGCGAGACGGAAGGGGGUGGGUCUCUCGCAUAUACACUGUUUUACACGGCGUUUGACAGGCAAAAUGGUGGUUCUGAGACGGGCACUGGCGUUUGGAGUGAGGCUCAUUUGGAGGUGUGGGGAUGCGUGGGCUGGGGUUGUCUUGAGUACAAUGUAUGGAUUCGUAAGCCUCCUGCUGCUUGGGUCUUUAGACGGCGGCCUUGUAGAUGAUGAUGAAUUUUUAACACCUCGCUCGCU